CUAGCAUUUGAAGGCUAUGGGAUUUUUGCCGCUUGUAACGCAAAGCCGCUACAAAUGAAAUGAGAAACAUCUAACGAUGUCAUUCUGAACAAUUAAAGCCCUUAUUUUCUACCAACAUUGCUUCAGUUGAAUCUAAUGAAUCAAAGAGAUCAAAGGCAGACAAGAUAGUUUCUUGGCGAGAUGAUCCUGCCCCCACCACUCCAAUAGUUCCCAUUUCCACCCAAAGGAUCGCUCGGAUCGCAUAUUACUUUGAGGCCUUUCUUUUUGUUCAAGGCAUGUUACGAGACGGCAUCUCAGUUCAGAAUCAGCUGUUUAACCAACUCUUAAGCGAAUGAGUGACUUUCUUACUGCGCAGUCCGUGCUCGUGCACUUCCUUGUAUUCACUAUUUUUAAGUUCUGUGAGCAUUGAAAAGCCUCUGAAAGUGAAUGGAAGUGACCAAGUCAUGACAUUGGCCGUUCCUCCUUGUCACGUAAUUGAUUUUUGGCCCCAGGUCCGAAAUGACUUGACUCGAGUCACUUGGUCACAUGCCACCAAUUCAAGAAAGAAAUUGACCAGGGCGAUUCAGGAUCCUGAAUUGAUGAUGAUUGAGGCUGAUGUGGUGAAAGGUAGUUUGUUUGGCCAAUCAGAAGUCCAACCCAUCAUGGCUCAUCCACCUGAAAAUCGAUCGGACUUGUCGUUAGCCGAAUUUAUGAGGAUGGUCUCACCGGCCCGAAAAGGGAUCAAGUUGGAUUUUAAAGACAUUUCGAUCGUUGAACAAUCGCUGCAGAUCCUCUCCAGUGUUCCAAAGGAGGAAUUGAACUUUCCAAUAUGGUUCAACGCGGAUAUCCUUCGAGGUCCUGGAUCAAGCAAAGAGCCUGUAACACCUGACGUUUUCCUUCGCCUCUGCCAAUCCUACUUUCCCUUCUUCACAUUAAGCCUUGGCUGGACCACUGGAUUGGAUCCCAAGAAGCCUCUCAAAUACAAUUCCAAGCAUAUUGAGGACAUGCUUCAGGCCAUAAAUACCAUUAUUCAAUCCGAUCGCCACUCUUGGUUCACUUUUGCGGUGCGCGCCGCUCUGGCUUUAAAUUCUCUCCCUGAAUUGGAACAGCUUUUGGAAAAAAGUGGUCCAAAUACUUCGUUAACAUUGUGGACCGCUGAAGGAGACACCCUUGACUCGUCCAAGUUAAACGACUUCAUCAGUCGACUUGGACGAAACCGGAUUUACGUCGACUUGCCUUUAACAUGAGAUUUGUUACGAUUUUCAAAAAAUAAAUUCCUUUGAUUCCAAUAAUAUCAUUGAAUGAUUGUGAGUUUGUCAUCCUCGUCAAAACAUUCAUUACAAAUUGAGGUUGUAGUGUGAUAUUAUCGAGUAAGACUUCCCAAGCGGAAAUGUACUACUCCUCCCUAUUAUCAAUGACACUUUUCCCUCCUUGUCAAUGCUUUUUUUAUCACGCAUUCGUAUUCAAAAUGGCAAGUGGAGAUUAUGCCAACUGCGACUACUAUAACACCUACGAAACCCAGCCCCAAUACGCCAAUGAAGACGUUCAGCCCAAGCCGAGUCGAGAUGCGGGUGUAAAUCAAGUUGUGUUUGAAGUUCCUGAAGAUCCAGAAAAAUGCCGAGACCCCUGUUCCUCGUGCUUCAGUUCCAAAAAGAGGAUCACGGCUUUCAUUUGCGGUGUUUUAGGGGUUGUCGUCCUAAUCAUUGCUCUGGUGCUAAUCAUCGCGUAUUCAUCUUCGGCACAAUCUAAUAGCGGAACCUCUUAUGAACCGAAACAAGUAGACAUAAACACCACCGAUCAGCCUUACGAAAUUCCAAAUCAAACCCAAAGCCCAGAGCAAUAUUUAAAGCCCUAUAAAGGAUAAAAGUGGGAAGAAUGAAACAAAUUAAGGGUUGAAAUAAACAUAUUCAAUUUGA